AUGCUUCUCUAUAAGGCUCUUGCUCUUGUCCUCGCCCACCUCACCCUGAGCCAAGCAGCAGCUUGUCCAGCAAGAGGAUGCGGCAGUGCUGACGCUUGCGUCCUCACCGAAACAUGCACAACAGCAACCUUUGUCUCGCCCUCGACAACGACUAUCACAACCUGUGUCCCAACGCCCACCUGUGCCGGAGUCUACUGUAAGAACCGGGAGACCACAUCUAAGCACAACAUUGAAAGUACCUCUCUCUAA